AUGGAUGAGCUAAAUAAGGCUCUCUUGCAGGAAGGUAAAGGGAUGUUAUGUGUCAGAACAAGACGAGAAACGCCGGAUGGGGAUCGAACCCACGUUGAAAUCAUACGGCACGAAAGCGGCCAAUUCGAGGAAGAAUUUUUCGCAGAGGUCCAAAACCCCGUUCGCCUUCAGUUGCUCACGGGCCGUAAGCAUGAUCCUUCGUCCAAACUCCUCUCCGCGGCGGAAUAUUCUGGUCUGCUUUGCUCUAAUCUUCCCAAUAAUCUCUGUAAAAUGUACGAGUAUUGUACGGGCUCCAUUAGUUUCUCCAAGACGCGCGUUCCAGCAUCGUCCUGA